CUACAGCUUUUCAACGUACUUAAUUUUCGGUAAGUUAAUAUAAAAAUGGCAAGCACUGAUUUAACACUGGCAAAAGUUGCAAAAGAAGGUGGAUAUCGUUAUGAAAGAGACGCUACAUACGUGGGAGGCUGGAAUAAUUCUGGUAAAAGAGAUGGCAUUGGCCACUUACUUCUUUCUGAUGGAACCAGAUAUGAUGGAUGUUUUACUGAUGGAUUUCACGGAAUUGGAAUAUUACGAUUUCCAGAUGAGUCAAAAUAUGAAGGCGAAUUCAGUGAUGGAUGGUUCCAUGGUUUUGGUGUCUUUUGGCGUGCUGAUGGAAUGAAACACGAGGGAGAAUUUCGUGGAGGAAAGAUCUGGGGUUUGGGACUAACAACUUUCAAAGACAAUACUAACGGAUUUCCAAGAUGUGAAGGAUAUUUUCAAGAUUGUCGUCUUGUACGCAAGAAAAAAUGCCCAGAAAUAGUGCAGCGUGCUCAGAAAGUAACAUUUAUGGCUCGCCAACAGUUUGAUACUUCAAUGUAAUACCAACAUUAGUUAAUUAUUAAAUCAAACAUUUAAGAACAAAA